AACAGGAAAGGGCGGAGCUGUUUGGUGGCUAGUUACUAAGCUAUCGUCAACCACAAGGAAGGGUAAUCGGUGUCUCCAGCGCUAUCCCGGGGGCCUGAGGGCCAGUGAGGGCCUCGGCCUGUGGCCUGGAAGGGCGAUCCAGUCCUGUCUACGAAGCCUGGCAAUGCCCCACCACGGAGUGUCAUCCGGCCAGGGCUACCUCAGAGCCGGCUGGGAGCAGAGGCUGGAGAGGUCCUUACCGGCACCCAGGUUGGGACUCCUUUGGAUGGGGCUGGGCCUGGCGCUGGUACUGGCUCUGUUUGACUUUAUGGUUCUCUGGGCUCCUGCCAGAGCUUAUCCUCUUCCUGCCCAAGGCAGUGCCAUAGUGCCCCCACUCCAGAGCGCCUUUGGGUGGAGGAACCUCACCUGUCCGGCCUGCAAAGCCUUAUUCACUGCUCUCAACUAUGGGCUGAAGAAGGAGCCCAACGUGGCACGGGUAGGCUCUGUGGCCAUCAAGAUGUGCAAGAUGCUGAACAUAGCGCCGGUAAAUGUCUGCCAGUCAGCUGUCCAUCUCUUUGAGGAUGACAUGGUGGAGGUGUGGACACGUUCCGUUCUGAGCCCGUCUGAAGCGUGUGGCUUGCUUCUGGGCCCCUCUUGUGGGCACUGGGACAUCUUUUCAACCUGGAACAUCUCUUUGCCAUCAGUGCCGAAGCCACCCCCAAAGCCACCGAGCCCACCAGCCCCCGGUGCCCCCGUCAGCCGCGUCCUCUUCCUUACUGACCUACACUGGGAUCAUGAUUACCUGGAGGGCACAGACCCUAAUUGUGCAGAUCCACUGUGCUGCCGCCGGGGCUCUGGAUGGCCGUCCACCUCCCAGGCGGGUGCCGGGUACUGGGGCGAGUACAGCAAGUGUGACCUGCCCCUGCGAACACUAGAGAGCCUGCUGAAGGGGCUGGGCCCUGCCGGCCCUCUGGAGAUGGUGUACUGGACAGGAGACAUCCCUGCCCACGACGUCUGGCAGCAGUCUCGCCAAGACCAGCUGAGGGCCCUGACCACCAUCACAGACCUCGUGAGGAAGUUCUUGGGGCCUGUGCCGGUGUACCCUGCCGUGGGCAACCAUGAGAGCACCCCUGUCAAUGGCUUCCCUCCCCCCUUCAUAAAGGGAAACCAGUCUUCACAAUGGCUUUAUGAAGCCAUGGCUAAGGCAUGGGAGCCUUGGUUACCAGCUGACGCCCUUCACACCCUCAGAAUUGGGGGCUUCUAUGCCCUCACCCCACGCUCUGGCCUCCGCCUCAUCUCUCUCAAUAUGAACUUUUGUUCCCGUGAGAACUUUUGGCUCUUGAUCAACUCCACAGACCCUGCAGGGCAACUCCAGUGGCUGGUAGAGGAGCUUCAGGCUGCUGAGAAUCGAGGAGACAAAGUGCACAUAAUUGGCCACAUACCUCCAGGGCAUUGCCUCAAGAGCUGGAGCUGGAAUUAUUACAAAAUUAUAGCCAGGUAUGAAAACACUCUGGCUGGUCAGUUCUUUGGCCACACUCACGUGGAUGAGUUUGAGGUCUUCUAUGAUGAGGAGACUCUGAGCCGGCCACUUGCUGUAGCCUUCCUGGGGCCCAGUGCCACCACCUAUAUCAACCUUAAUCCUGGUUACCGAGUUUACCAAAUAGAUGGAAACUACCCCGGAAGUUCUCACGUGGUCCUGGACCACGAGACCUAUAUCCUGAACCUGACCCAGGCCAACACACCGGGAGCCACACCAAACUGGAAGCUCCUCUACCGGGCUCGAGAAACCUACGGGCUUCCAGAUGCACUGCCUGCCUCCUGGCACAACCUGGUCUACCGCAUGCGAGACGAUGAGCAACUCUUCCAGACCUUCUGGUUUCUCUACCAUAAGGGCCACCCGCCUUCAGAGCCCUGUGGCACACCCUGCCGCCUGGCCACUCUGUGUGCCCAGCUGUCAGCCCGCGCAGACAGCCCUGCUCUGUGUCGACACUUGAUGCCCAAUGAGAGCCUCUCAGACAGCCAUAGGUUGUGGUCAAGGCCCCUGCUGUGCUAGUGUUCCAGGCACCAGAGUGGGGAAGUUCAUGUGUUAGGAAAGGGACACACUCCUGAGUAUUGCUGAGUCAACCCGAGGCAAAACUUCUGGGGAAAGGGUGCCCUGUCAGGCCAGGGAGCAAGCCUUCUCCUGGAGAGCUUGUUUGGCUAGACUGGGGGAGGGUUUGGCUGCCCUACCUAUGCCCCAAAUCUGGAUUCCCCUGGGGCUGGAUGUCUUCUCCAGGCCACAGAGAUGAGAUCUUGGUGCCCUGGAUACGCAGGGAGGAGCUGCUGCCCCAGCCUGUGCUGUGCACCUGUGAACUCUGUACUGCUGCUUGAUCCUGCCGGGAUGUCAGAAUAAAGAGACUUGGACUCCA